AAAACUCUUCUUGAAUAUGUCCUCCCGCAACCUCCCAAACUACGUUCCACAUUUCACCCACCAUGUCCCGCACGCAUGGUGUCAAGCUCAAUCCCCUUAUUACUUGUCCUCCCGCCGGGGAGCGCUAUUACGUACCAGUUCCCCUACAAUGGGACGUGCGCUACCAUCCAGCGCGUUCUGCACACAUAGCAGAUAUGCCUCUGUUGCCAUCCCACUUGUCACAGUUUGCAACUAAUCCCCCUCUUCCAAAGUUGCACCUGGUCUGUGACCUCUUAUCCCCAGAAUGGGUGAUUGUAGCCCGUAAUCCCACCGGGGUGACGGUGCAGGAUGUGCUAGAAGCGAUUUAUGAGACGCUCCACCGCCUUCUGCAGAUGCAUGAGUGGGAGAGCAUGUCGCUCAAGCAGCGCUGUCGAAUUGAAGAUGUACACCGUGCGCGAUGCAGGGCGUCUUCGAACCCCGAGCGCACACGCUUAGUGGGUGUCAGCAGGACAGACUGUCUGCUCUCAACUACCAUGUUUGCCGGACUGACCUCGUUGGUCAGGAGGAGAGAGCAGUGGCAGGUGGUCCUCACGCUGUCACGGCAUUUCAGACCCCGCGUCUACUAGCCGUGUCCCCCUAUAUUCCUCGCAGUGCUGUGGCGCAUUUCAUUAUGAACUAAUUUGCUCAAUUGUAGGUUUAUUGUACUAUGCCAGACUCCUCCUGUUCGACAUCGGGUUUGUGUUGUUAGUGUCCCAUCAUCAUCUGUAUAUCAUUUGCCCUACGUAUCCCGUUAUCGCUUGUAUCACUUUCGAAUCAUGUACUUAUGGCUUGCCUGUAUUGUUACCCGAGUCAACGUUGAACGUUGAAGUAUACCGUAGUAUUACAAUUCUCAAAGUAUGAACUGGUUGACGAUCGGAA